GACGUCACUUCUGGGACAGGUAAAGAAUAGCCAGCCAUCUGACAUAUGCUGUAAUUGAUUGGGAUAUGCCUGGGAAUAGGUUAUGAUCAAAGAUGAGCAACAAAAAGUUCACAGGGGCUCCAUUUGGAACACAGUCUGCAAGGUUUGAUGUUUCAGGAGUCUACCCAUCCAAAAAGAAGAUUGGCACGUUCACAGAAAUCAACCACUGCAAGAGACUGAUAAAUGACUUGGAGCGUAACCUGGGUCCAGGUCGGUAUGAGGUGGACACAGGGGACUUCAGCCCCCAGGUAGUCCAGAGCAGGGCCAGGGGACCAGGGUGGAAGAGGGGGCAGGAGAUGGCCCAGAUGCCCCACCUGCUGUAUAGAGACACAUGGUUGACCAACCGCCUCCUGACAAGCAGGGUAGGCCCAGGGAGGUAUGACAUCCAGGACUUCACAGAGCUCUGGAAGAAGCCGUACAGUGUGAGAGGAGUGUGUGACAGCAGGGAGGAGAGGUUUAAAGACUUCAUGAAGAAGCAAAGUACUCCAGGCCCAGGGGCUUAUGGGAAGGGGGGCAUCCCGUCUGGGCUGCUGGAUGAGAGGAGGAGGAAGCCGAUUGGCUCCUGUCCCAUGAUGGACUUCAGUGCUGGAGUGGAACGCUUCCCAGAGCUCAUAGUGGACUCUGGUCUGUGUCCUGGUACCUACAACUUACCGACCUUCACUGAGGUGCUCCUCAGUCGCCACAUCAGCAAACGAGGACCCUACGACCUCUUCACUGGCCGACGAGACAAGCCAAUCACCUGUGGAUAUUUUGCUGCCCCGAAAAAAGCCAAUCUUAAUCUGGCUACGGUCGCCAAGCCAGCAAAGGUCUUAUGUGAGGAUAUUCUGCGACCAGAGAAAAGACACCACGGCAAGUUUGGCACCUUAGACCAAUACCCUUCCCUCCCUACAGAACGCAUCUACCUGGGUUCCCUGCCCCAGUACCCACGGCCAGCGAGACACUCUGGUCAUGGAUUCUAUGAAGAUGUUUGUCUGCCCAAAGUGGAGAACCGCAACCCUCCUCCCUUCCUCUCCUCCUCUCCUCGUAUCACCCUGAGGGCCGAGAGGCUGAUGCAGGGGAACUAUACCACAGUGGGAGUGGGACGUUACAACCUGGCUAAGAAGCAAACGAGGAAAACUCUGAAGAAAAACGUUAACGCUGGCUAUCGCUACAUCUUCAAGUCCCGUAUGCCCAGAUAUCUACAUGACCUGCACAAGGACAUCUUCAACCAGGAGAGGCUGAAACCCAUCAACAUUCCCCCACAUAGGAUGCCCUACUAUCAGUCGCCAGAUGAGGUUUCGGCCGUUGCAGCUCUACACUCCUCAGGACUCUGGUCUGUGUCCUGGUACCUACAACUUACCGACCUUCACUGAGGUGCUCCUCAGUCGCCACAUCAGCAAACGAGGACCCUACGACCUCUUCACUGGAGACUGAAGAAGAAGAAGACAUGCACAUAGCUUCUGAUGCGAUCUGAUGGACAUAAAGACAUACAUCUAUAAUGACCAUGCUCCUGUAAAGCACCCAUCAUUCAGAUAGAUGACACCGUCAACGGAUUUCUUUUGCAUCAGUGUUGUUGGUUAACUAGAAGGACCGCAACCAGAGAGACGGUACGUCUGAUCGGCUGCCUGAUAGGGGCCACAUUAAGGGCCAUACAUGCAGAUUCUAAGCACAUUAACAUUCCUGAAUAAAUAACCCCAGGGAAUGUUACUCUGGAGACAUUCAACAGGAUUUUCCUCUUAAUGCCCAGAAGAGAAUAAUGAGUAGGAUGGGAUACCUACCAGCCCAGUCCACAGCCCCAGAUUAGGAGCUAGGACCAGGGGUGAAUUCCAUGAGGCAAAAUGUCCACAACACUGCAGAUAGAAAUGUAACAAAUAGAGUCAACUCAUGAUGUCCUAUUGUUCUUCACAGACAACCAUAUACAGUGCAUUCGGAAAGUAUCCACAUUUUGUUACAUUACAGCCUUAUUCUAAAAUGUGUCAAAUUCUUUUUUUCCUCAUCAAUCUACACACCAUUAACCCAUAAUGACAAGGGAAAAUAGUUUUUUGAAAUUUUGGUAAAUGUAUUAAAAAUAAAAAACAGAAAUACCUUAUUUACAUAAGUAUUCAGACCCUUUGCUAUGAGACUCGAAAUUGAGCACAGGUGAAUCAUGUUUCCAUUGAUCAUCCUUGAGAUGUUUCUACAACUUGAUUGGAAUCCAUCUGUGGUAAAUUCAAUUGUGGACUGAUGAAACCAAGAUUGAACUCUUUGGCCUGAAUGCCAAGCAUCACGUCUGGAGGAAACCUGGCACCAUCCUUACGGUGAAGCAUGGUGGUGGCAGCAUCAUGCUUUGUGGAUAUUUUUCAGCGGCAGGGACUGGGACACUAGUCAGGCUCGAGGGAAAGAUGAACGGAGCAAAGUACAGAGAGAUCCUUGAUGAAAACCUGCUCCCAGAGCCCUUGGGACCUCAGAAUGGUCUGAAGGUUCACCUUCCAACAGGACAACAACCCUAAGCACACAGCCAAGACAGCACAGGAGUGGUUUCGAGAUUAGUCUCUGAAUGUCCUUGAAUGGUCCAGCCAGAGCCCGG